CGCAGAAAAAUGGUCUUUCUGAUUACUGACCUCAUUCCUCUCGUUGCGAUUAUCUUCCUUUGGCUGGUAAGCAGCAAUGUAUUUUGUCUUUUCAUUCUGUACGUGUCCCUCCCUCGAAAACAGAAACGACUGCGAUCACUUCUUCGCCAGUACCUGCAUCAUCAUCUCCAUCUAUGUCGUGUGCCUUUGCAAGACUGUUGUGUCCCAAUCGAUGACGAUUUGUCGUUGAAUUACACGGUAGCUGAUGUAUAAGCACUAUUUCAAAGUAUCAAGGUGCUGCAAAGCAAUGCGAAUCUAUACAAAUUGAUAAACAGGAGUAAAAGUGUGUCCAGUUCAACAAGAGAGAAUCACGUAGCCAGUCAUCGUUCUAAAUCCUAGAGAGGUAUUCAACAAUCGUGCUAAUAACCUGGAAUCAAGAUUUACAACAGUUGAGCUUCAAGAAACCAAAGGAAGUCGAUAGCCUUACAACAACCCCAUUCCACCCACCUUAUGCCACUACCGUCGUAUUUUUAUUGUCGAUGUAGUCGAUGACCGCCACUGUCUGGAGACUUUCCAGGCGUGGUAUCAUUUGACGAUUUUUUUUUGUAUAUAUACGUAGUGAGAACAG